AUUCCUAUAAUUAUGGGAAACAUUCCUAUAAUUAUAGGAACCGCUCCCAUAAUUUAUGGUCGUAAUUCCUAUGAUGGUAUAGGAAAAAAUUUCACAAAAUUAUAGGAACCGAUGCUAUAAUUUUCUUUCCGUGUAGAGGUUGGAAACUUUUAUGAUUAAAUUGGUGCUUGAAUUUCCACUUAGGGUCAGUACAUAAAUAUGACCAUAAAAAAUAAAUUGAACCAAUUAGUAUCCAAUAACUUUUUCAACCUAUAAAUUAUUACUACGCAGUGCAUGACUUAUAUUGAAUCUCAUUAUAUUAAAUGCAUCAACAAAUAAAAUUAUUUUCCACCCUAUUCGAUGUCCAUCAAAGACCACUUGGAAAAGUAGUCUGCCAUGUCAUAUCGUAACAAGAUUUCGAAGUGAAAAUUUAUUUCAUCACAAUAAAAAUGAAAAUGAAUAAUCUGAGUAAAUUUUUCUUGUCAAGAAUAAAUGUACUAGAAUGUAUAAUUAUAUUUUUUAAAAUAUUUGGACUUGCGCCAUUCAAUGUGACUAUUUCGCCUAAAUCAGACGGUGGAAAACAGCCGUCAGUUUUCUUGGUGUAUUCAUUGAAAGGAAACAUUUACAAUAUUAUUCUAUCUCUUGUCAGUAGUUACUUAUUAAUUCAUUAUAUAAGAAAUUUCCAGAAAUUGGAACAUUAUAUUUUAGACAAAUGGGUUAUAAUGGGUGUUUUAUUUGUUGCACCAGUUAUAAUAUUAUAUUACUGUCUCAAACAGCAAGAACUGAUAAAAAUAAUAAAUCAACUUUCAAAACUAGAGUCGAAACUAGUCGAACAAUUCAACCAAUCGGUUCCUCGCAAUCGAAAGAAUAUGAAAUAUGAAAUAAAAUUAUUUACCGCGCAAAUAUUGUUUAUGAUAAUUUAUGGUGUAACUGUCUAUAUGAAAUUUAAAAAGAUGAGUACAUUGAUAAUUAUUUUUUCGGGUUCUAUUAUCAAUAUACUGUUGUUCCAGUAUGCACUUCUAAUUAAUUAUAUAAACAAACGACUAACUUAUAUGAAUGAGCUACUUUCAUCAUUAAUCAUGUUAUACGAUGUUGAUAAUAACUAUCGUGACAUAAUAUUUAUCACAAGCACGACUCAAGAUGACAUGAUUUUUAGAACCAUAAUUUUAGUACGAGAAUUGCAACGAAAGCUGUGUGAAAUAUUUAAAAGUUUGUCGAAAUUUUACUCAUGGCCUAUUUUAAUUGGAGUUUUAUUAUUUUGCGGUAGACUAAUAUAUUUUUCGUUUAAGUUUAUGGAAAGCUUAUUUGGUACUAGAAUCAGAUUUGAUAUUAUCUCAUUGAUAAAGGAGCCGGCUAAUGUGCUAAAGGAAAUAUUUAUCAUUGUGAUUUUGACACAUCAUAUGAACCAAGUAACAUUAGAGAUGCGGAGAACUGGGGAAAUCAUCUACAAAAUAAUGGAUAGAUUUUCAAGACAUGGUGGAAUACAAUCCGAGCUGGAGCAAUUUUCAAUCGAAGUUCUGCAUCGAAAGAUACCGAAUUCUGUUUAUGGAUUAUUUACAAUCGAUGGCUCUCUUGUAACAUCGAUUGUCCGGUCGACUAUUACGUAUAUGGUCAUCCUUGUUCAGUGUUUUGAUGUUUUCGACCCAGCAAUCCGGACAGAAAAUUUUUCGUCGAUUAAAAUCGACAAAAUAUCGUCAAUUCAAAAUCGGACCAUUUCUGAAUAUAAUAUGGAAAAUUCGUAGGUAAAAAAAAAAAGAUAGUGUCCAGCAUGGAAAUAUGAAUACGAUAAAUCUACACGGGGAGAAAUGUAUCGUAAAUAUUGACGAUGAAAACAGUAUCGGUGAUGUACCUUAAACAGCCUAGUUAUAAUUCCUAUGCGGUAUAGUAAUGAAAAUUUGUGUUUGAUGGCGCUUCGAAUGUACUGUGAAAAUAUCUGUACGAGCACAGUAAAUAUUACUGCACUGAUAGAAAAUUUAUAUUGACUCAAGAAAUAUUUUCUUGAGCCAAGAAUUUAUUUCUGAAGAAAACCAAUUGUCUUGCUUCAAGAAAUUCUUGUUUUGAUUUAGAUUUUCUUGGCUCUAUAGAUUUUGUAUCUUCGAUGGAUAACUCUCGUGUCUUGACCCGAAACUAUAUUAUCUUCAAUCGAUACUAUCGAAUUCUUCAAGCA